CAUGGUUACCUUCUUCUCCCUCUUCACCAUAUACCCUUUCAUUCUUCCAUUCCUUUCUCUAACUGUAAUUCUGUAUCUAUCAUAUGUCAUUGUUGUACAACUCCAGCAACGUCCUAGAGACGUUGCUGGACCCCCAACUUACCCUAUCAUAGGUUGUUUAAUUCCUUUUUACAAGAACCGAUAUCGACUACUAGAUUGGUAUACUCAUCUUCUCUCUAAGUCUCCAACUCAAACAAUUGUGAUAGAUAGAUUAGGAGCGCGGAGAACUAUAGUAACAGCUAAUCCAUAUAAUGUAGAAUACAUGCUCAAAACCAACUUUGACAAUUUUCCUAAAGGCAAGCCAUUCAAUGAAAUUCUUGGUGAUUUUCUUGGAAAUGGAAUAUUCGAUGUGGAUGGUGAAAUGUGGUACAAACAACGCAAGAUGGUCAGCCAUGAGUUUACUGCCAGGUCUUUGAGAGAUUACGUUGUGAAUGCUCUCAAAGAAGAGGUGGAGAACAAGUUGUUGCCUAUACUGGAAUUAAUGGAGGCUGAAAAUAGAGCAUUUAACUUUCAAGAUUUGUUAAGACGACUUGCAUUUGAUGUGGUUUGUAAAGUUUCUUUAGGGUUUGAUCCAUGUUGCAUCAAUGAAUCUCUUUCAUUUUCGCCUUUACUAGACGCUUUUGAAAGGGCUUCACAGAUAUCUGCUCAGAGAGGAGCUGCACCAAUUUUUUUUGUAUGGAAGGUGAAAAGAUGGUUAAAUAUUGGAUCUGAAAAACAGCUUAAACUAGCCAUUGAUCAAAUCCAUUCAUCAAUCAAUGAUAUCAUCCGCGAGAGAAAGAUUAAAAUCAAAGACGAAAACCAGAAAGAGACCAAUAAAGAUCUUCUUUCAAGAAUGAUAUUGGCAGAAAAUUUUGAUGAGGAGGAAGUCAGAGAUAUGGUGAUAAGUUUCAUUAUGGCAGGAAGAGACACAACAUCAGCGGCAAUGACUUGGUUCUUUUAUCUACUUUCGCUUCAUCCUGAGAUAGAAAAUGAAUUGGUUUCCAAAGAGCUGAGGUUUAUAGAAACUGAAACACUAACCAAGUAUGAGAUAUUGAAAGAAAUGAAUUUCUUGAAAUCUUGCCUUUGUGAGACAAUGAGACUCUAUCCACCAGUUGCAUGGGAUUCAAAACAUGCGAUUUCUGAUGAUAUUUUGCCCGAUGGAACUCGUAUUAAAGCUGGGAAUAGAGUGACAUACUUCCCUUAUGGAAUGGGGAGGAUGGAAAAUUUGUGGGGAAAGGAUCGAUUCGAGUUUAAACCAAGGAGAUGGAUGGAGGAAUCAGGGGAAGAAGGAACAGAGCAGAUAUCAAUUUUGUACAAGUUUCCUGUUUUUCAAGCAGGUCCAAGAGUUUGCCUUGGGAAAGAAUUGGCAUUUAUUCAAAUGAAGUAUGUUGUAGCUUCAAUAUUAAAGCGUUUCCAGAUCAGACCAGCUUGUUCAGAUCCUCCUGUUUUUCUGCCACUCCUAACAGCUCAUAUGGCUGGUGGUUUUAAGGUUUUUGUCCACAAAAACAAAUACAAUUAGAUGAUCCCUAUAUAAGUCUCCUCUUUCAAUGAUCUUCACAUGCUUUGACUAGUUCUCCUUCCAACAGCCAACAGCAUUAUCUCCAAGGUCUCAAAACGAUUUUUUCCCGUCACCACACGGUGAAGGAUAAGGAGCUCAUGCCCAGAGACGGGGCCAGAAUUUGAAGCAUGUGGGUUCGAUAUUGUAAUCAUUGUAAGUUAUUGGGUUCUAAAUUAAUAAUUUGUUUAGAAUUUCUUAAGACAAAAUAUAAAGUCUGAACAAAAGCUACUGGGUUCGUCCGAACCCGCGUUCCAUACUCUAGCUCCGCUCCUGCUCAGACCACGUGAGCUAUCCUCCAAUCUCGGGUCACAAAUUAAUAUAUUUUUAUAGAUGAGCUUUCGUAUUCUACCUAGCUAGGAUUUAAUUCCUGCGGAUCGUAUCAAAAAUAUUUUUUGGAGGAGGUAUCCAACUCAGGGAAUGAAAUGAAAAUGAAAUGUUUAUCGGUUUUACUUCCUAAUUUGUAUGAAGAGAUCAAUUACUUUGAUAGAACAGCCGCUGGUGCUUGGGGCGAAG